AUGGUGAAAGUCCCGAAGGUACUCAAACCGGAUUUCCGCCGUUCCGUCACAAAAGAUAAAAUAUCGACACCCAUCGCUAUUCCGACCAAGGCGCCACCCUCGAUUUUACCACCAAAAAAAGUUAUAAAGGCGUUAUACGAUUACGAAGCAAAUGCUCCACAUGAGUUGUCAUUUUCAAAAGGAGAUUUUUUUCAUGUC